AUGAUUUCUACUCUAGUUCCAUUGGAAAAUGAGCAAGUGAUUCACCAAUACAUUAAUGUCGAAACUGGUGAAGCUUCGACUCAUUUGAAAACUCCGGAGAGUCAAACGUUCCUCCAUUCAAUGGAAAAAAUAUCCCCGUCCUCAUUCAUAAAGAACAAGAAUUGGAAGUUUGGUUUUAAUAAACCAAAAAAAUAUGACAGGAAGGAAAAAAUUAAACAUCCUGUGGAGUUUGAAAACUCAACGAAAAGGAAACCACCUCCAUUACCGAAACUGAAUGAAUUGAGUCCAUUAAAAGCUUUUCCAGAAAGACAAUCUUCUCUGCCCAGACCGUCAUCUAUCCUUUUCAAUCCAAAGAAGGAACAUUUAUCUUAUAGUUCAACAUCAGGUACUAUCAGCGGUACUGUUAAUAGUUCUAAGAAAAGUAAUUCUUUGACUAAUUUAUCAUCGGAGCUUCAGAAACCACAUAAUAGCAACAGUGAAGGUCACAGGAAUAAGAAAUCUUUUAUCAAUGCAACAUGUACCCUAUGUAAUGAAUUUGUCUCUAACAGAGCGCCAGGUGAAAAAAUUAUAGAAUUGACAUGUGGUCAUCCAAUUCAUGAAGACUGUUUGACAAUAUCUUUUGGAAACAGUUCCGACUACGACGUUAAUAAUAACUACUCGCUAUUUCCUAAAUGCCAAUCAUGUCUUUUGGCGAAUAAGUCAUCUAAGAGAUGUAUACCUGUGAGUGAAGAAAUUAAAGAUAAGCUGAUGUCAAAUUUCUUAUUGAAUAAUAGUAUGAGUCCAAUUGAACAGUCUAUUGAGAUUGAUUCUCAGAUGGUUAAUGAAACAAUGUCAGCGAAGCUGUCGCCUAUUCAACGGUUAGAAAAAAUUCAUAAAUUUCCAAAUUCAAGAACUUCAUCACCAAUAUCACUAUUUACGAGAGCAAACGAUUCCAGACUAUCCGGGUUAGAUGGUCUUCCUUUCGUUAAACCAAUUGGUGUCUUACCGGUAAACACUGUGCUGGAUAAUAAGAAGUCAAGAAUAGGAAGCACAAUAUAUGCCUCUCCACAAAUAAUCAGUUCUAAUCUAGAAACACAAUCUCUACAUUCAGUAGAAACAUUGGAUGCACAGGAAAAUUAUGUUGAGUCGGAACAAAGUGAUAAUUCAAUUCCAAUAUUAAGAUCAUUUUUUACUGAAAGUCUUUUGUCAGACUUCCCUGAUAAGCUUAAGAAAUCUCAGUUUGAUGAAGAUCAUGGUCUAUUAAGGUUAGUUGACACUUUUUCAACAUCAUUCAAUGGCACUGAAUAUUCAGCCGGGAAUUGUUUCCUAUUUGAGAAAUCUAUAAUACUUUCAAAAUCUAGCAAGUCAAAUGAAGAUACUGCUUCUCAUAUUUUAGCGACAUCUAAUGAUAAUUUCGGUAACGUUACAGUAUUUAAUCUGGGUGAAGGUUUCGUUAUCGAAACUAUUGAUUCGUCUGUACUUAAAAUCAAAUUCUCCGCAGAAACUAAUCCAGUUUCCUCAUAUUUAUAUCUAACAGAAAAUUUGAAGACAAACACAAGUUCAAUUAUUGAAAAAUGGAUUUCAGGUUUAUUAGAUCUGACAUUUACCUUUAAUUGUAAACAUUUCACCUCGACACUAGAACUACCCCCAGUUUUGAAAAAUUCUGACGCUGACACUUCAAAUGCAACAUUUUUUGCUCUGGUUAAUAAUAAUAAAAUCGUCGAAGUUACCCAUCUAGACAAUGAAUCGACAGGAACUAUACUAAGAAGAAGUGUUUGCAUGCCAACAACUGGUACCACGGACUUUACAGUUGAUAGUUUGAUGUCUGUAGUGACCUCAUUUAGUUCCAUUAUAUCUAUGAAAAUGAAAAAACCUGAAAAUCUACUUCUCGUGGUACAAAUAGAUUUUAGAAAGUUAAACCAAGGGGAAGAACUAGUCAUCAAAAACACUAUUAGGGCAUUAACUCUUAAUUACUCGGAUUUACAUAUGUGCUUUGUUGAUAAUCAUAGUAAGGUCAUCAAAAUCGUACCGACAAAGGAUAUUGUUAAUGGAACUGAUUAUUUUAAAGAUUUAAGUCAAAUUAAGGGUUCCACUUCUUUUUCACCAUCUUGGUUGUUGAGUGAAUUGUACCCAGAUGGUGUCAAAACAUCGCUAGGUGUUUCGGUAAUCUCAAAUACAAAAAUGGAUGAGACAGAAUCGAUCCUCUUUAUGGAUUUUGAUAAAUUCAAUGGUUUGGGUAGGAAAAAGGUACAUCAACUAAAAGUUCAUGUAGGUUUUUUAAAUAUUGAUUACUCUGAAGAAAUUCAAGAAUUAUUAGAAAUCAAUAACUGGAAUUUACUAUUAGAAUCACUGUGUUUCACCUUUGACAUUGUCUAUGGACAAGAUGAAGAUACUGUUGAUUUUGCAAUUAACAAAAACAAUACAAUAAGUAGGUCCACGACACCGACGCUAUUAUUAGAUCCAAAUGACAGCGCUUCAGAUUUAGAAUCACUAACAACAAUACUACUUGGAACGGCAACUCCCUCAACAAGGGACUCGCCACUAACGAUUUCAUCGUGA